CCGUACAACCGAGCGGAACAUCUCACCGUGGUAUCUUCUGGAGUUCUCCUGUUGUUGGGAAGUGAAGCGGAAAAGCGCGCCAGAAAGUAGACUCUUUUCUUAUCUUGUUACCGCCGGAGUGCAUCGCAGUUGCCAUUGCCAUUGCAGUUGCAGCAGUUGUUCGAUGAGUUCACGGCCGCGAGCAAAGCAAGCCGGUUGAGGGAAAAGAAACGAACUUCGUUGACAAGCCGCCGCGUGUUGGAUUCAAGAGGUGCCAAGAACGUGACGUGUGACAGGUUACAUCUUGGAAAAGCGCAAAACGAGAACAGGGAAAAAAUCCCGAAGAAAAAUUCAUAAUUCAUGAAUUAAUUAGAAAAAAAAGUUCUUCAAGUGAACAUGGCUUCCACCAAGUGGCAGCCAAAGCGGAAGGAGUGCCAUUCUUGGAAGAUAGUGCUGGCCGGGGCAGUUCUUCUCGUCGUCACCGGUGUCACUCACCAGGAUGUAUCGUGUUUCAACAUAUCUGCAACCCAAAUCCACACGCUGAACUUGGAUAACAGCCUCAAACUAACAUGGAUGAUGGAUUGGUACAAAAAAGAAGUUCUAUUCCACGUGCAGAACACCUUUCACCACGGUCGCUACAAAUUCUUCGCCCUCGGAUUCUCGCCAAGGGGCGAGCUCAAACGAACCGACUUGUGUAUCUUCACGACCAGCGCCGGUGGCGCCUAUCGGCAGGCCCUCGACACCUACACCUCGCGGGAUUUCAACCGGAUCUACGUGGACAGCGAGCAGAACUGCGACGUCAUGCGGAUCGACGACAACUCGGUUGCCUUCCGGCGGAAGUUCGACAGCUGCGAUCCGCAGGAUGUGAGCAUUCACGGUGGGACUAUGUACGUGGUUUGGCUGCGGGGGAAGAAGCAGUUGGACUUUGGGAAGAACUGGACCGUGAUGCCAACGGUGGGGAAGGCCGAUCGAGGCGUGCUGCCUGUGCAGAUUUUGAGGGCGGACGCCAUAACGAUUCCGGAGGCGAAGUCCGCGGUGAAGCGCGUGGAGAUUCUGCUAGAUAAGGCCGAGAUUCCGGCGGUGGAAACGACGUAUUGGUGCAAGGUUCAACGGCUGGAGGAAUGGCUGACGAAGAAGAAGCAUCACAUAGUGCAGUUCGAGCCGGUCAUAACGCACGAGCACGUCGUUCAUCACAUGGAGGUGUUUCAGUGCGUAGCAGAUCCUGGGACAGAGAUACCUUUGUACGAGGGUAGCUGUUCUGAUUUGCCGGCGGAAGCGAAGAUCUGCAACAAGGUGAUGGCACUGUGGGCGAUGGGAGCGGGGCCGUUCACCUAUCCGCACGAAACGGGACUUCCGAUUGGCGGGGAGGGUUUCAAUCCUUACAUAAGGUUGGAGGUGCACUUCAACAAUCCGGACUUGAAGAAAGGGAUCGUGGAUAGCUCAGGAAUGCGGAUCAACGUGGUGUCCAAGUUGAGAAAGUACGACGCGGCGAUUAUGGAGCUGGGGUUGGAGUACACGGACAAGAUGGCCAUUCCUCCGGGACAGGUGGCGUUUCCGCUGACUGGGUAUUGUAUAGCGGAGUGUACGAAGGUGGCACUGCCAUCUGGCGGAAUUAAGAUCUUCGGGUCCCAACUACAUACGCACCUGAGGGGAGUUCGGGUUUUGACGAGGCACUUCCGAAAGGGAGUCGAGUUGCCCGAGGUCAACCGGGAUGAUUUCUACUCGCAUCACUACCAGGAGAUACGACAGUUGAGGUAUCGCCCGAAGGUUCUUCCGGGUGAUGCUCUGAUGACGACGUGCUACUACGAUACCCGAGGCUACGAGACGGCCACUCUCGGUGGAUUCUCGAUCAGCGAUGAGAUGUGCGUGAAUUACAUUCACUACUAUCCGGCGACGGAGUUGGAGCUGUGCAAGAGCGCCAUAUCGGAGAAAUCGUUGUACAACUAUUUCAAAUAUAUGAAAGAAGUGGAGAAACAACCGGUGAGCCCUGCCGGAGCGCGCUCCGAUAACUACCACUCGAUCCACUGGACCAAAACCCGCUCCGAUCAGCUGUUCGAGUACUACCUGGAGGAACCCCUGAGCAUGCAGUGCAACCGAUCGGAUGGUUUCCGCUUCGAGGGCUACGACUGGGAGGGAGCCCCCAUAACCGAGUUCAGUCCGCCCCGAAGCACUCUCCGGGCCAAUUGCGACAUCCCGCCGGAACUGCGAUGGUUCAAACCGCUGGAAGUCGGACACUGCGACGUCUUCGGGGAAUGCAUUUACGAGGACGAAAAAAUCAAGGAGUAAACCGUCUUCUGACUGUUACGUGUGAAAAGAUGUAGAUUCUAAGGGCAAGUUUCCUGCACAAAAUAGCUUUCACAACUAGAUAAUAAAUUUGUACAAACCACAACCGUCUUACAUUACACA